GCUGCUUUCCCCCUGAGUCCAUGGGCUAGAGAGGCCUUUGGGGUCCCUAUCUGGGGAGGCAUCAUGAUCAUCAUUUCCUGGGAAGGAGGAAUCCGCCUCCUGCUGCCUGUCUCCCUAGAAACUGUGAAAGAUGUGAGUCGGUCUCCAGGCAACUUGGGCUUGGCAGAGCCUCCUCCUCCACCUCCUUCCUGGUGGCGUACCUCCCGCAGGUGAGAUCCCGGCAAGAAGACCUUUGGACCCUGGAUCCAAGCCACCGAGAAAGAAAGGAAGAAGGAAAGAAAGAGAAGGAGGAAGAGAACGGAGCGGAAGAGCCAAAGAGGCCUUCUUCCUAGCCAUGGAGCCCAGCAAGGGCAGGCCCACCGAGCUCUUCGUCUCCGAUCCGCCCGGAAAACCAAGGAAGAGCAAAAGAAAGAUGUCAGAGCAAAUAAAAUCUCAAAGCUUGGAAGAGGGAUUUCGCAACGGGCCCCGUCCACCUUUGUCCCGGUCAAAGACGUACGAUCCGUCUUUUCUGAAAGAGGGAGACAAGGAAGUGGUUUUGAUCCGUCACCGGAAUUCAGAGCCAACCAUCUCCAAUCUGAUGAAACAUGCCAUAAACUUCCACCGUGUGUUUGGAGACCUCUCUGAAGAUGAGGAGCUGAUAGAAACCUUUUCCUGUGCCUGGCAGCGUGAAGCCCCUUUCCAUGGCCGCUUAUAUGUCUCCCUGCAUCACAUCUGUUUCUACUGCAGCAUGAUCCGGCGGGAAGUAAAGGUGAUCAUCCCAGUGCCAAACAUUAGCGUCCUUAAGAAAGCCAAUACAGCCCUCUUGGUGCCCAACGCCAUUUGCAUCCGCACAACGGAAGGAGAGAAGUUCCUUUUCUCAUCUUUCCGGUCCAGAGAAAGCACCUACCAGUUGCUGCGCUCUGUUUGCAAACAUCUCCAGGAUGCUGACCAAAAUAGUAACCCCAUCUUGCCUUAUGCCAGCUCCGAAAACCUCCUAUCUCUAAUGUCCAAGGAAACUGAUAACCUGCUGGAGCAUGAAACUGAUAACCUGCCGGAGCAUGAAACUGAUAACCUGCCGGAGCAUGAAACUGAUAACCUGCCGGAGCAUGAAACACUUCUGGAAGAAUUUGAUGAGCCAGACGAGACAGUGAUGCCACCUCAAAUGACAAAUGAUUUGCCAGAAGAGGUUGCAGAUAGCAGAGGGAAAGAAGAGGCGACAAAGACCUCGCAAAGGCCAACGGUGGAUUCGAACCCGCUCCAUACGAUUAUCCUCAUCUAUUUAGUCUUAGUGUUGGCUUUGCUCCUGUCCUCGAGUUACAUCGGGUUGCGCAUCAUCCAGCUGGAGAAACAAUUGACCUCUCUGGGAGCCUGGCCCGAAUUGGACCACCAUGAUCAGUAUAGAGCCACCUGAGAGCGAUGGGACACAUAGUCAUUGAAGUCCACUUCCCUCCUGGUCAGAAGUUGGACGCUUGACCGCCAAAGAUCAUAUCCAAACAAUAUGUUGCUGUCAAUGCAGAUGUCGUUUUGCUAGGUUCGCUUACUGUAUUAAGUAUCUCAAGGAGAAGCAGAGGCCCACAUCCAUAUAGCCAUAGGGUUGGAAGGGACCCCCAAAGAUCAUCCAGUCUCGCUUCUUUCUACCAGGUUGACACCACUGAAGCCCUCCCUGGUAGAAGGUCCUCCGCUUCAUUUGAAGAGUAUGCCUUGAUUCUAAUGGUGUUUUGCUGUAUUUCUUGUGCGUAAGUGAAGUGUUUAUUUAUAACCGGGCAGAGAUGACCGUACACUCCUCUGUAUGGAAAUGCCAGUUAAUAACAUUGCCUUAUUUUCGAAAGAGAUAUAAAGCCAUGACAGUGACUUUCCAGUCAAUGGGGCAAAUAAUCCAUUCCAGUUUUUGGUUGACUUGAAAGGUCAAGAUCAGAAAAGAGGGUUUCCAAAUAACUCUUCAAGGUGGAAAAGUAGAUGGAUGGAUAGAGUUGCCAAGCUGGGAUAGUUGGUUGAAUUGAUAGUUGUAUGGAUGGAUAGAUAGUUGGGUAGAUGAAUGGAUAGUUGGAUGGAGGGAUGGAUAGAAGGAUGGAUGGAUAGUUGGAUGGAGGGAUGAAUGGUUAGGUAGAUGGAUGGUUGUUUGAAUAGCUGGUUGAAUAUUGGAUAGAUGGAUAGUUGGAUGGAUGGAUAGUAGGAUAGAUAGAUGGAUGGAUAGAUAGUUGGAUAGAUGAAUGGAUGGUUGGUAGAUGGAUAGGUGGUUGAAUAGAUGAGGUUGCCUAGCCGAUAGAUAGAGCUAUACACACAGAUAUACACAUAUAUACAUAUAUUCCUCUAUAUUUUUGGAAAAGCUUUCCAAGAUCCGAGGACAACUACCGUAUACUCUGGCGUAUAAGACUACUUUUAAACCCAAGAAAAUCUUCUCAAAAGUCAGGGGUUGUCUUAUACACAGGAGUUGCCUUAUAUGCGGGAGUAGUCUUAUACACCGGGGGUCGUCUUAUAGUGCGGGUGCUGAAACUUCCAAUCUGGAUUGGAGAAACUGUGGUUGCUGCAUAUUGUGGUGGGAGCUCAAAAAUGGCAGUGGCCGCUUCCCUGCCAUAUGCAGUGACUGUAUGAAAGCAUUAAGGGUGAUGCUGUACAAGUACGGUAGAAGAAAAUCCAUUCAUCAGGAUUCGUGGACUUAAUAUGGUCCCGAUGGUUAGGUGAAGGGAAGGUGGAAGUGAAGGGUGGAGCAAGCUGCAGGCGUCCGGGGUAUGGAAAAAAGAGGCAAGAGUGGCUCUGGGCCCAUAAAAAUGCACCGUCUGGCCCACCCUUGUAUCCUAUUACCGUACCUCCUCCUCUGCCUCUCAGAUUUUGCUCCUGAAGACUGCAGUGAAGCGGUG